AAAGAAGUGUCCAGAGAGGACUAUAGGAGUGUGUGCGCGUGGAUGAGCGCGAGCGCGCUCGCGUUGAAAUCAAUGCGCCACGCUCCAGUGCGCGCUGGGAGGCGGAUAAGUGUGAGCUGGAGAGCUGGGGAGGACAGAGAGCUGGAGAGGACAGAGACGACAGUGCGGAGGAGGGAUCAGGCUGAGAAGUACUGGUGGAAAAGGACGCGAGCGGGCUUCGUUUCCGAGGUCGACUGCACCUGCUGCAACCUGCUCCCACCGACCCAAGCAUCCUCCUCCAUGUCCUGCGGUUUAACCAUGGAUCACAUGCUGUCUCGCUCCAUCUGGACCGCUGACAGUAUAUUUCUCCAGCACUCCGCGGAUCUCUACACCAGCGUGGUCGUGACGCGCAGCAUCCCUGCAGGCACGUGCUUUGGACCAUGUGUGCUCCAGAACACUUUCUACGACACUAUCGCCUUCAUAGCGCAGAAAUCCUGCGACAGGCGAGCGAAAUCCUACGUGUUCAGGGUCGACCCUGAGACCAUGCGCAACUCUGCCCUUGUGUUGUCAUGGCUGCGGCUCGUGCAGGCUGCGCGUAACGAGGAGGAGCAGAACGCCGAGGCCUUUCUAAAGGGGAGUCAGCUGUAUGUGCGGACCACCCGGGACCUCCGGGCGGAGGAAGAACUGCUGGUGUGGUACGACCAGGAGCUGUCUCACCUGUUGGGCUUCACUGACAUAACCAAAGGAUCAAAAGAAGGGUUCCAGUGUGGGAAAUGCAACCAAGUCUUCAGAAAUGAGUUUCCUUUCGUGGCCCAUUGUCGAUUCCUGUGCGCCCACCAAGCCAAGAGCGACAUCUGGAUCCGCGAUGUUUACGAGCACAAGCAUGUGGAGGUGAAGAGGCAACACCGAGUAACAGAUUUCCACAACAUCGCCAGAGACCUGGAGCACAAAAAACCUGGCAACAGCGAGGACGCUGAGAUUUCCGCCAGAAAGAGGAAAAGCGAAGAAACUCAUUACCCCAAAUGGAGAAAAACGGUUCUGUUAGAAAAAACGAAUAUUUCCAAUGAUAAUAAUAUUACGCAACUGGAUAAGGACUAUGACCAGGUUGCAGGAGAUGCGUCUUCUGCUGAGAGAAAGUUGAAAGCGGAAAGAAUGAAGGCAGAUCGCGUGGGAUGUAAAAGUGAUGGUUUAGCGGAAACAAAGGAGAUCCCCGGGACUUUUACGCGCGACGGGGAGGUGGGCGCGCGGUCGGAGACAGGAGAGGGCUCCGGAGUGCAUUCCAGCCGCAACAGCGCAUUUUCUCUGGUCCUGUCCAACUCCCAGGGUGAGCAGAAAAGUGCAUUUUGUAAACCCAAUAAAAGAACUUCUCUGGUCCACGAUUCGCGCCUCGGCAGCGCUCCAAUAACAGCCCCCUCUGGCCGGCUGGAUGAGAUGGCUGAUGGCUUAACCCCCAGGGCGGCUCUGGGAUACAACAACCUGAUGGCACCUGCAAUCCUGACGGGUGACUUGCACACAGCGGCCUCUCCGGUUGCACUACCCAACGCCUUCCACUACGCCCCGGAGCACUGGUCCAGGAGCAUCGGCGCGCAGCUGCACACCGCAUCCUCCCUCACCAUCCUCCCGCCGACUUUCACCUCAUUCGGCGUCUCGGCGCAGAACUGGUGCGCAAAAUGCAACCUGUCCUUCCGCAUGACCUCGGACCUCGUUUUCCACAUGCGCUCUCAUCACAAGAAGGAGUUCGCGGCCGAGUCUCAGGUGAGGCGGAGGAGGGAGGAGAAACUCACCUGCCCCAUCUGCCACGAAUUCUUCAGAGAGAGGCACCACCUGUCCAGACACAUGACAUCUCAUAACUAAAGGGGACGGACAGAAAACCAUAUUUAUUUUUCCUAAAUGAUCGUCGUAUUUAAACGUAGGAGACUUUGGUGUUUGUUAAUGAAUGUAUAGGCAGCUGUGAAAUAAGAGCGCACGCAACCAUCGCGGCGCGUCCACUAGAUGACGAUAGAGGCCCGCGCCAGUUCGCAGCUCGUUGGUCCUGGAGCGUGUUUUUGGUAAGCGCUCGAUUGCUUUGUGCCUUAUAGAAGUCAUGGGAGAAACCAGAGAGAUCUGAGGACAGUUCAUGAAUGUCAGAAAUGUAUCCACGUUUCUCUUGUUGUUGUCAGGUUUUCUCGACUUUCACACAAACACACUCAUAUUCACAUUCAUGUUGGUACAAAUUGUAGAGCGUCAGUCAUUUUCUAGUCCAACAGGCGGCGAUUGAGACCUGCCUUUUCCUCUACAGGCCACUUUCCUCUGCUUGCUGCCCAUGCUGCAUGGAUUGUGUAAUUUAUUGAAGAAAAAAAAAACACAAAAAAACGGAGAUAGUUGUGUCCAAUCAGUGGACAAUCCAAGUAUCUUCCUUUUAUUUUCAGUCUCUGUGCACCACAGGAACAAUUUUGAAGGCACUGUAGCAAAACUGUUAUUUCCAUAGUUCUGUCAUUUUGGGAUCACUUGCUUCCACAAAAUGCGGUCUUUCAGAGAGAAAAACACGCAAAAUACACAUUUGUGCAUUAUACAACUGUUUAUUUGUCUUCUGGAUAUGUAACCAGUGUGUCUUUCAUAAGAUAAUGCAUCAUUUCAUCAUUUCAAUAUAACAUUUCUAGAACCUGUCAUACAAAACUAAAUGUCUGAUUGCGAUUAAAAUGCUCGGAACCUUUCACAAUGAUGUAUCA